AUGUUUUUGGAUAACUAUAGGUCAUUUGGUAGUGUUAGUGGGGUUGAAUCUGAUGUUAAUAGUAGUGAGUCAUGUGCAGAUCCUGAUGAGGUUGAUAGGGUAUGCAAAGUGAUUGAUGAAUUGUUUGCUUUGGAUAGGAACAUGGAAGCAGUUCUAGAUGAGUGUGGUGUUAUGUUAUCACAUGAUUUGGUUGUUGAUGUGUUGCAUAGGUUUAAACAUGCUAGGAAGCCUGCUUUUAGGUUCUUUUGUUGGGCAGGGAAAAGGCCUGGUUUUGAACAUGAUUCAAGGACUUAUAACUCCAUGAUGAAUAUUUUAGGGAAGACUAGACAAUUUGAGACCAUGGUAGCAUUGCUUGAGGAAAUGGGUGAGAAGGGUUUUUUGACAAUGGAAACUUUCGCAAUUGCUAUUAAGGCAUUUGCUUCUGCGAAGGAGAGGAAAAAAGCUGUUGGAAUCUUUGAUAUGAUGAAGAAGUUUAAGAUUAAAGUCGGCGUUGAUGCGGUUAAUUUCUUGCUUGAUAGUCUUGGUGCGGCGAAGCUUGUUAAAGAAGCACAAGUUGUUUUUGAAAAGCUUAGAGAUAGGUUUGUUCCUAAUUUACAAACUUAUACUAUACUUCUUAAUGGUUGGUGCAAGGUUAGAAACUUGCUUGAAGCAGGGAGGGUGUGGAAUGAGAUGAUUGAUAAAGGAUUCGUGCCUGAUAUUGUUGCACAUAAUAUUAUGCUUCAAGGGUUGUUAAGGUGUCAGAAGAAGUCAGAUAGCAUUAAGUUAUUUGAAGUCAUGAAAGCCAAAGGUCCGUCGCCCAAUGUUCGCAGUUAUACGAUUUUGAUACAGGACUUGUGCAAAAGAAAUAUGAUGCGGGAAGCUGUUGAAUAUUUUAACGAAAUGGUGGAUCACGGGUGUCAACCUGAUGCUGCACUUUACACUUGUUUGAUCACUGGGUUUGGGAGGCAGAGGAAAAUGGAUACGGUAUAUGAUCUACUGAAGGAAAUGCGUGAAAGAGGUUAUCCACCUGAUGGAAGGACAUACAAUGCUUUGAUAAAACUGAUGGUAAGCCAACACAUGCCUGAUGAUGCAGUGAGAGUAUACAAGAAAAUGAUUCAAAGUGGCAUCGAACCAACAAUUCACACAUACAACAUGAUAAUGAAAUCCUAUUUCGCUACGAGAAAUUACGAAUUUGGCCAAGCUGUUUGGGAUGAGAUGCGUCACAAGGGGUGUUGUCCUGAUGAUAACUCAUACACUGUAUUCAUUGGUGGGCUUAUAAGACAAGGCAGGCCAGAUGAGGCAUGUAAAUAUAUAGAAGAAAUGAUGCAGAAAGGGAUGAAAGCUCCUCAGCUUGAUUAUAACAAGUUUGGUGCUGAUUUUUCCAAGUAUGGGAAUCCUGUCAUACUCGAGGAGUUAGCUCGAAAGAUGAAUUUUGCUGGUAAGUUUGAAGUGUCUAAUGUCUUAGCCAGUUGGGUUGAUAUGAUGAAGAAAAACUCAAAGAGAACAGAUGCUACAUUGUAG